AUGGGCGGUGCUAACGCCAAUGACUUUCCUGAGCACACUACCGAGAUUGAAGAUUACACAAAGCGACCGCCAUAUUUGCUGCAAGACUUGGAGAAAUUUGGCGAGAUAAAGUGGAAUGCUCACUGCCAGUGCGGCCAGGUUAAAUAUGCACUGAGACGCGAAAGACCGUUGAAUGCUAAAUUUUGUCACUGUCGCCAGUGCCAGGUUUUGCACGGCGCGCCCUUCCAGUGGGCGGCUAUAUUUCCCAAAGAAGACAUACUUUUCGAGAAGGGCGCUAAAGGUCUGUCGUUCUAUGCGGCCGGCGAGAAAAACAACAAGUAUCAAACACCCACCAAGGUCUCAUGCUCGUUUUGUCGUACUCCCAUCAUGGACGAAGGACGCAAUAUGUGUCUUCUGUUCCCGCAGUUGAUUGACUUUUCCGACUCGCCGGAUGAGCAGCGGCAGCGAGUGCAGACAUUCUUGCCAACGUGCCACAUCUUCUAUGAAAAUCGUUUGAGAGACAUCCACGAUGGAAUUACCAAGUGGUCGGGAAUGGACAAGCAGAGCCAGCGACUAGAUGACGAGGGUCAGCCGCUCGAGCAAUAUUGA